CAAUAUGUUGUUCUGAGGUAUGGGAUGGAACUCCUUUUCUUCUUGAGUUUUAUCGCUCUGCAAGGAAAGCAAUAGACAGGAAUUGUACAGAGCAUGUAUCAGUUUGUUAUCUAAGAGAAACAACUAAUGAUGCUCGGUUAUGCCGCCUUCUCGUCGAUGUAGGAACAGACGUUUUGCGAAAGGUGUUUGAUCGAAUUCACCCACCAAACAGCCUGCACACAGUGUUAGCACAGAGUGCAGUUCAAAGUACACUGCUGACACUUAGAAAGAAGAGAAUAAUCAGUCCAACUCAGUGGAGCAAACUUUAUCCUACCAAUCCCGCUUCUGUUUCGUCUGUCGACUUUGACGUAACCCUUCUGAUGGUUCUACUCAGGAAUAUCUGCAUGUUGCUCCGACCUGCCACUGGCUGGGAUGUUCUUCCGAAAUUAGCAGACACAAGUUUAGAGGCCGACAUUGCUCGGGUCAAGUACUACAGAAACACAGUCUAUGCUCACGUCAGCGUGGCGUCCAUUGACGAUGCAAGCUUUAUUCGCUACUGGCAGGAGAUCAGAGAUACGCUGGUGCGGCUGGCAGGAGCAAGUUCAAAUUAUGGAGGUACCAUUGAUCGUCUUGCGAAUGAGAGCAUGGACCCUGAAAAAGAAAAGCUUUAUCAGGAGCUGUUCAAAGAAUGGAGGAAUGAGGAGGAAAGCGUGAAAGGCAAACUAGAUGAGAUAGACAGAAAACUAUCGGAUUUGACCAAUUCGGAGAACAAGAUGCGGUUAGCAAUACCCUUCGAUCUUAAGCAGUACCAGAAACAGCUUAAUUCAUUUUACCGCACCAUUUGCAAAGUAAAAUUAAUUCCUUGGAAGCCAAGUUCUGCAGUUUAUAUCAAUGAAAUUUACACAAAGUUGUCAUGGCAAAGGGAAGAAAGGAGACCCAGCGAAGUGAGUCAAGUGGACCUAGAAGACUACACUGAUAUGUUUAAGAGUUGUGGGCCUUUCGACGAACCAAACCGAAUAUUGGUGUUUGGGCCACCAGGCAUAGGGAAGACUACAUUUGCCAAAAGAGUUGUUUUCGACUGGUUACGUCGAGUAAAGAAAAUCCUCAAAAAGUUUGAGCUUGUGCUUCUUAUAAAGCUGCGAGAUGUGUGUGAAUUGCAUACUCUGCCAGAUAUUUUGACGGCUGCAAGACUGUUACCAGCUGAUGGCACAAUCUCAGUUGAGAGCUUGUACGAGUACAUUCAAGAGAACCAAGAAAAAGUUCUGCUGGUCGUGGAUGGUUAUGAUGAGUACUUCUGUCCAGGAUACUCACCUGUCCGUGCCCUCUGGGAGGGUAGUUUGCUAAGGAGUUGUUCUGUCAUUGUCACAACGCGGUUGGAAGAGGCAGAAGAAUUGAUGGAAUCCAGUCACGUUGGAUGCCAGAUUAAUGGGUUUGUCAGUGGUAUUCAACUAAGAAAGUUUGCAAGAAAGUUUCUGAAAGAUGAAGAAGACGUUGCUAGGUUUGAGAGACAUCUAGAGGAAAAAGGCCUCAGAAACGUUGCAGAAAUACCACUUCUUCUAGUGAUGCUGUGCUUACUUUGGAAGGAGGAAGGUCACAAAGGACAUCUCAAAUCACGGGCCAGUAUCUACAUUCAUUUCAUUCAGAUGUUACUGGGUCACAUGACUGCUAAAGAAGCAUAUGCAAAGAAAUUCCGUGAAGUAGAUGACUACAAAGAAGAUCUCUUGAAACUGGGAAAACUUGCAUUUGACGCCCUGAACCAAGGUUCUCUCUUUAUACACCACAGCGAACUACUUGAUGACAUUUUAACCAAGGAACUGAUUGACAUGGGUUUAUUUCAAUCUCUGAAUGUCUCAAGUCUGAAGCCUGAGAAGAAGGUUUUUUUCAUUCAUAAGUCCGUCCAGGAGUUCCUUGCGGCUUGGUACGUCAAGGACGAACUUGCAACUUCGAGAAAUAAAAGUCCGAGCUGUCUCACCGAGGAUGAAUCUUCCGAAAAGGUUGUGAAGAUGAUUGAAGUAUUCAAAUUUGUCAAUGAAUUGUCUGGAGAAGCCUCAAGUAUAGUCCUCAAGCACCUGGAGACGGUAGCAAAGAAAGAAAGACUGACGGAAAACAUUCCCAGCGAGACACCUUCAUUUGAAGACUUUUCAGAGAAACAAAGGCAUUUUCUUGCACUGUGUUCACACAGCUAUUUUUGCUUAUCAGUCGAGAAGAGAAAAGAUCUUUACUCCAUGUAUCUGUCUUGUACCGGAGGCUUUUUACUGAUAGACUCAGAUCAACUCCAUAUUACUGCCAGCGAGCAUUUGCUGAAAUGCUCCCAACCACCAAACUAUGUAUUUUUCACCGAUAGCAAGCAUCCAGACCGAGACUAUCGCGACCUGAUCACCGUUUUAGAAGAUUUGAGUGGGAUUCUUGUUAGCUCUUCAGGUGAAGAGACAGCCUCGAUGUUUCUCAAGAAGUAUAAUCCACAGACAGUGGAACAAUUUUUCUUGAAGAGAGAAAAUAAUUCGUUCAUGUAUCUUUAUUUUUCUCGCAUUUGUAAAAGGUAUGAUCACACCUUGCCUAUCGAAAUGAUCCAAGAUGUCACUCAGUCACCUGCAUCCGAUCAGACAAAGACGAUCUCAUUCGGCGACCGGUCAAAUGGACCAAACAACACAGCGUUGCGGUUGACAGAGAACACCGAUAGCUCUCCUGUUCCCCCUCGUCAUUGCCUUUCAUUAGCCUCAGAGAUCAGUAUUGAUUGUUUAAAAGAGCAAGAAAUGAAGAUGCUCAUAGAGGCCCUUCCUUAUGUGAUUUCACCCCGAGUCAUAACCCUGAAUGUUCCAGUGGGUAAAUUGUAUGAUGCCCCCACAUUGGAGACGCUGGUGUAUCAUCUCAACUUUACAAACAGACUUGACACAUUAGGACUAUGUCGUUUCAAUAUCACUGCAGGGCCAGCUCCUGCCAUCGCCAAAUCUUUCCAACGGGCACCUAACUUGCGUGAGCUUUACCUGUCACACAACCCCCUUCGUGACGGACUAAACACUCUUAUGGAACAUAUCCAUUUGGUUCCUCACCUAGAAACUCUUCGCCUUGGAGGUGUGAAGAUGAGUAAGGAACAAGUGGAAGAUUUGACCAGAGUAGUGCGUAAGAGUAAGAUCACUAGUCUGGGGUCGUGUUACCAUGAGGAGAAAGGAAACCCUAAGCCUGAGUGCGAGUGGCCAACAGACGAUUUUUGGAAAGGAAAAUGGUGGUACAAAUCAGAGGAUGAACUAGAAACUGGAACGGAGGACGAAUUUGAGCCUUAAACAGAAGGCAAGCUGAAACCUGAGACAGAGGACAAGUGAAAGCCUGUGACAUGAACCAGAUUCGUUUCCUGCCGAAGGCAAACUGAAUAUUGUUGAUUGAUUCCCAACACGAAGUCGCGGGGAAUUUUCGACGAAGUUCUCUUGGCCUGAGGCAUAUCGUUUUGCACGUUAAUUGUAGGUGACUCAGUUCGAAGCAACUGUAUUUUCUUAUUUUGUUUUUUGUUUUGUUUUUGUUUUUUUUUAUCAUAGUUUCUUUGCUGCCCUUCAAGAACAGUUGAAACAAACAAACAAGCAAAGAAAAUCGCCCUUUUAAAAAUAAUGCUCCAGUGUCAUAAUCACCUCUUUCUGGGUGAUUGUAUGACGUUAUCCCCCAAUCAAUAAUCUUCGAAAAUACUAUUGCGUGUAAAGUUGAGAACUGUAUCAGAACCCAGUGGAGGGAGAGCUGGGGUAUACUGAGUCAGCGAGGAAGAAAAUUGGACAAAAUCCUUUCCUUUUAAUAGUUCGUUUUCUUCUGGUGAAAGAUUAUUUGGUUAGGACAUUUUUGUCUCGUAAAAAAAGUGAAUUUGCAGAGGAGGAUGCAACCACAUAUUUUCAAAAUGAGAAAAAGGAAACUUUUUUGGCUUACAUUCCGGAUCUUAAAACUUCGUGAGCUUGAAAAUUUGUCCUGGUUUACCUUCCAUGUACUAUUGCAAAUUACAGUGAAACCUGUAUUAAGUGGACCUGGCAUUAAGUAGAUAUGCUGUAUGAAUCUGACACUACCAAAGUUUUCCUGUUCUGUUAGUCUUGUAGAAGUCGAACUCUUAUUCAAUGCAAUUGUUUCAUUCAUCAACCUCGCCCUUAGGGCUUUUCCCUUGUAAAUUGGUUAACGGCCAAUUCCAAGGAAAAAGUCGUGGGAACGAGGUUUUCGGUCACGAGUCGUAAAGGCCAUAAGAACUUAAAUUUUUAAUUUUUCUUGUGAAAAACCUGCGAUUGCAAUAUGAUUUUGUAACCCAGGGUCUCAGUUUGCGUAUUAUACCUCAAGUUUAUUAAAGCAGUUCUCGAUUUAGAAUA